AUGUCAACGAGCACUGAAACUAUGCCAAAGUACUGUUGCGGCUGCGACAGCCGUAUCGCUACCCUCAACGCGAACAUCUUCAUGUUGGUAUUUUCCUGUCUUUACUUUGCGGUGGGCUUGGCCGGUCUCAAUGAUACCAACGAAAAGACAAAACCAAAUGACGCAGAGCGAAUCUAUCUCGAAAUCAUGGAAGUUAUUACAGCCCUGUUUAUUAUCAUCGCCGCCCUCGCAAUUUGGGGAGCUUGCAGCUAUCGCGGCUGGCCUGUGAUGUUGAGUCUGGGUUGGACAACUGUCAACAUGAUAAUUACCGCGAUAACCUCGUUCAUUGUCGUUUUCAAUACUGGGAGCGCAUUCUUUUUGGUUCGAGGUUUCGUCAUGUUCUUGAUUCAGUUUUCGUGUUUGUUUAUGCCCAUGUACGGAUAUGUCAAGGAAUACGAAAAGUUGAAGGAACUUUCAGUCGCUCAGGACAUGGAAGGGGGAGACAAACAGAACUUAGAAUUGGUAUAA